AUGGAAGUGAAUUUGCGUGAUCAGGAAGAUAGGACUGAGAGCCGUGAGUAUCCGACCGAGCUGGUCAAGCGUGCUGUUCGAUUCAUUCAUGGUAGGCUGCAACAGCGUAACCAGGAUCUUCUGAGAGAAUGGGUUUGCGUUGGUGACCAUGAAGAAAGAGGAAACGGUGGUGGCGACGUGGCGGCGGGCAACGGAGAAGGAGAGCGAGCGGGAGAGAGAGCAGAAGAAGAAGAAGAGGUGGGACCAGAUGACGAUGUGGAGGUGGGGCCGGAAGAGAGAGCUAGGAUCAUGACCAUGCUGAAGAAAAUACACAGCUCUACGGGGCAUUGCAGUGUGAAGCACCUUGUCCAGACUCUGAAGCGCCAAGGUGCAUCCAGGCAGGUCCUAAAGGUUGCCCGACAGUUCACCUGCGAUGUGUGUAAGGAGUGGUCUAGUCCCAGCCCUCGCCACGUAGCCUCACUUCGGCCCAUUUCCAAGAAGUGGGAGACUCUCCUGCUGGACUGCGGCUACUGGAGGAAUCCAGUGACCAAUCAGACAUGGUUGUUCAUCUUAGCUGUCGAUGAGGGUAGUAGGCUUCGGGUUGGUAAGUUGAUCCGUGAGGGCAGCCGAGCAAAGAUCACCACGGAAGAUGUGGACUGUUUCCUUGAAGACAAGUGGUUCAGUUUGUUUGGGCAGCCCUCUGUGAUUCGGACCGAUGCGGAAAGCCCUCUCCGUAGCCAGGCGUUCGACGAAAAGCUACAGAAACGGAGCAUCGGAAUAGACCACGUGCCUCCAGAGGCACAUUGGCAGAUGAGCCCGGUGGAGCGGGGGAUUCAAAGCACCAAGGAAAUCAUGUGGAAACUCCAUGCGGAAUUCCCUGACAUGACCCCGCAGGACCCCCGUAGCAUAGGAGACCAUGAGCUCUUAGACCUCCCUAUUCUGACAGAAGCCGGAGUGUCGGCAGAGCAUGGUCACCAUGUGGAGGCCAUGCGGGUCGCCGAAAGCGCGAGAUUUGGUGUAUGCGUGGCGCAAGGUGGUAGGGAAGAGGCCUGGAAUGAACUCGUAGAUCCCCGGAAGAACAUCCCAUGGACGAUUCACCAGAUCCUCGCGGACUCCAAGCACCGAGUGUUCGACGAUGCGACGGCCGAGGCCAACGAGAUGCCCGACGAGCCCGACGCCGCCGAGGAGCCGCAGCCGAUGCUGCGCCAAGGCCUGGACGGACCUCAGGCCCACAAGAGCCGGAACGAGGAGGCCAGGGUGCUGGAACGACGACCUGAACAUGCUCUAUCGCCCUCGGCCUACUGGGACUCAGAGGAUGCCUUAGUUCAGCUGGAAGUGGAGCUCCCGUCUUGGGAGUCCAAGCAGCGGAAGGAGAUGAUGAGAGACAUGAGCGCCUUCAUCGCUAAGCAGCUGCGCAAGAAUGCCCACGAGCUGACCAUACAGCAGGAAAAAGAUGGUUUUACCUUGUACCAGGGCCACUUCUUGGACGAGGUGAAUGAGAUCAACAUUCCCCAGGCGCGCUACCAGGAGCCCAGCCUCCUCAUCAACGAGAACGAGAAGCAUCAGAUGCGGAGUGUACUAGGAUGCCUAUCCUGGUACACGUACCAAACGGGAUACCACCUGAGCGGUCCCGUGGGAGUGAUGCUUUCGAAGGUCAAUCGCGCUACAGUCCAGGACCUCGUGGAGACCAACAAGCUCCUCAAGAAGGCCAAGUCCAUGCGACAACAUCGGGUUCGGAUCCACAAGAUGGAAGGACCCCUGCAUCUAGCAUGCUGGGUCGACGCCUCACACGCCAACCGCCCCGACCUCUCUUCUACGAAAGGGAUCUUUGUGGGUUGGACCGACAGCAAACUACUCGAGGGACAGCUGUCACAAGUUACUCCGAUUAGCUGGAUCUCUAGCAAGAUCCAUCGGGUGUGCCGCUCUCCCGCCUCAGCCGAGACGAGAGCAGCAGUGGAUGGCGAGGACGAGCUCUACGCCAUUCGACUACAAGCAGCAGAGUUCCAGGGCAAGGUAGUGAAUGUGAGGAACGUGGACGCCACCAUCCGGGAGAUCUCCAGCUCCCUCAUCUCAGACAGCAAGUGUCUCUACGACCGCCUACAGCAGACCGCCCUGACCCUAAAGGGUGAGGAAAAGAGGAGUGAUAUCGAAUCACUCUGCCUUAAAGAGGCCAUGGACCAUUCCAGUCUGCAAGUAAGAUGGGUUCACGGAGACGCUCAGUUGGCCAACAGCCUCACCAAAGACAAUGAGUACCACCAGAUUCUCCUCUACCAAUCCCUCCAAG